UUGACAUCUCUCCCUCUCUCGAACUUCGUCUCCACUCACACACUGCCUAAGAAUGAGUGGACCCUCUAGAGACUUGGAAGAGUUCUACAGCUCAAUCAUCAACUAUGACGACGACGACGAGGAAGACGACGACUUCGACCCCGAAUACAUCGACAACGACGAUAUCCACGAGGUGGUGCAUCUCGGAAUAGACGACGGCGAUGAAGACGACGACAUGGAGUUUGACGGCGAGGGCGAGGACGACGACGAGGAAGAUGAAGACGACGACGAAGACGACCCAGACUACCGCCCUAUCGUAGUCGAAGCCGACGACGAUGAUGAGUCAGACGACGACGAUGACAAUGUGCUGCGCAUCGGCGGACGGCAGCUUCUCGAGCUCCUGGCGCAGAUGAACUCGACGAACGGGAUCUCGUCGGAAGAUCACCGGUUCCUCAGCAACAUCUUCUCGAGCCCUGGCAUCUCGAUACCUGGACUCCGGAGGGCCCAGCAGCGCGAGCGGGGCGAGGACGGCGGGCCGCGCGCCGACUGGCGACCAAAACAGACCGAGCCGCACCCCGCCGGCGUGGCGCUCCUCCGGAGCGGCGAGUUCGGCCCCGUUGGCCCGUGGGCAGCACGCGACCCCCGCCUCAACAGCAGCAAGCGCCCGCACCGCCUCCGCCCAAGUGAGCGGUACGCGUGGCGGCGGGCGCGGGCAGCCGGAUCGCCCUUCCUCCCGCCGGGCGCCGAGCCCAUCAUCCCCAACACGCACGGCACGGUCGUCGCGUAUUAUCCCUCAGUUCCGUAUGUUGGACAGUUCUGCGGGCCAGACUAUGGCGUGUUCUACUCGGCUACUCAGUACUUUACGUUACAUCUGUACUCGACCACGCAGCCAAAGUCGCGCCGGCCGCGUCAACUCCCGCGCAGCCAGGUUGUCGCAGAGCCUGACACGCCCCCCGCCGAGGCGGAAGAUAGCGACGACGAUGAUGGUUGGGUCGGCGGCUGGCCGGGCCACCGCCGCCGGCCAACGGCUGCCGAGGACACGUCGAUGCGCAAGAUCAAGACGGUGCAGGGCGUCGAGGGACAGUGGACCAUUACCGACGCCGACGCCGACAGGAAGGGCGAGCGCAUGAUCUACUCGUCCAUCACGCCGUAUGUCCACAUGCUGAACACGGCCGAGCACGACGAGGACCACCACCAGCUGGACUUUACGUCGCGGACCGGGCGAGGAUACUAUGGCGGGAUGGACCACUUUGGUAUCUGGUCCAUCAGGUUCUCGGCGGACGGCAAGGAGAUUGUUGCCGGUGCCAGUGCUGGGCGAAUCAUGGUGUACGACAUCAACGCCGAUACACGAACACUGGCGGUGCAAGGCCACCGUGACGACGUCAACGCCGUGUGCUUUGCCGAUGAGAGCUCGACCAAUAUCCUGAUCAGUGGAAGUGACGACGGCUACGUCAAGGUGUGGGACAGGCGAUCGUUGUCGUCACACACGCCGUCUGGCGUGCUCGCGGGCGCGACAGAAGGCAUCACGUACACGGCGCCCAAGGGCGACGGUCGAUACAUUGCUGUCAACAGCAAGGACCAGGCGGCGCGACUGUACGAUUUGCGUAAGAUGCGCAGCUGGUCCGAGUUCGAGGACGAGCCAGACGCCGUCGAGCGCUGGGGUUGCCACCGGUUCGACUACCGGAGCAUGAGGUAUCCCCGUCCCAAGCUGCUCGCACACCCGCGCGACUGUUCCGUAAUGACGUUCCGGGGCCACUCGGUGCUGCGCACGCUCAUCCGGUGCCACUUCAGCCCAGUCGAGUCCACGGGACAGCAGUACAUCUACUCUGGGUCCGCCGACGGACUAAUCCAUAUCUGGUCGCUCGACGGGCGAGUGGUGCAGGUCCUCAACCGCGCCGAGUCGGUCAACUUGCGCGACGCGCAGGGACGGUACAACGACCCGUCCGCCCCAGAGCCGGUACGGCGCGGGCAGAGACGCGGCGCCAACGCGUACGAUACGCGCGGGCUGUCGUGGACGGUGCGCGACGUCGCAUGGCACGGCUUCGAGCCCACCCUUAUGAGCACGUGUUGGGAGGUUGAAGGGCAGCACCGUCACGGCGGCAGCAUUGCCAAGCACGAGUGGAAGGGGCUCGGCAAGGGCGGCCUCAAGCGGCUCGAGGACUGGGUCGACAAGGCUGCGGCCGAGGCGGCCGAGACGGAGCGGCUGCGGACGGCGAGCCCGCCGUCUCGCAUCCCGGGGGCGUGGUUCUAGGCGGGGAGGAGAGCAGCAGGGUUUCGGUUCGAGUAGUGUUGUACCAUGAUGCACCACUGUGCAGGCAA